AUGAAAGCUACUAUUCGUGCUACCACUUCGUCAUUGCUCAAGAAGAAUACUUGUUGCAGCAUUAAACAAUGUUUUAAAUCAUCAUCACAAUCAUUUAUUGCCUCGGGAUUGUUAUCAUCGGUGAGAAAUUUUUCAUCAUCAGCAAGAGUUUGUGAAGAAUUUGAUCAACAAACAAUGAAUACUACUUCUCUCGUCGGAGCCGAUUUAGCAAAUAAUGGUACAACAGUCUAUGAAAGAAUUGGUAAACAACCUUUUAGUGAAGAAAUUGCCCAAAUUUUAAUGGCUCCACUCCCAGAUCAAGAUAUUGAAGUUAAGCCUGAUGGUAUUUUGUACUUGCCUGAAAUUAAGUAUAGACGUAUUUUGAACAAGGCUUUCGGCCCUGGAGGAUGGUGUUUAGUUCCACUCUCUGAAUUUAAAAUUGAGAGAGGAAGUAUCCUUCAAGAAUAUGGUUUAUUCUGUAGAGGACAAUUUGUGAGUCAAUCAUUUGGAGAGCAAACUGUUGAUGAACAAGGAUAUAAAUCAAUUGGAAGUUCUCUUGAAGGUGCCAAGUCAAAUGCCUUAAUGAGAUGUUGUAAGGAUAUUGGUAUUGGUAGUGAGCUUUGGGAUCCAAACUUUAUUAUUGCAUGGAGAGCUAAGAAUGUUGUUGAAGCUUUCUGUGAACAUGUCACUAAAAAGACAACCAAGAAACUCUUCAGAAGACAUGACAGAGAAUUCACCUAUCCAUAUGUUGAAAAGAGCAAGUUCACAACUCCAAAAAAGCAAGCUGAAGCAGUAGUAGAACAAGUUCCUCAAGAUGUUGAAGAACAAGUUGAAGCUGAUGAGGAACCAGUUGUCAUGAUGACACCUGACUCUGUUGACAGUGAAGCAUCAUUGUUUGAUAACUUUGGUAUGGAUGAUGGAUCAGCUCAAUACAAGAAAGAACCUACCUCUCGUAAAAAGGAAACCUCAGAAGAUGGUGCUUCUAAGGGUUUUAAAUUCGAUAGCGAGGGUAUUUUCCCAUUUGGUAAAUUCAAAGGUCAGAAAGUUAAGGAUAUUAUCAACACUCCAAAAUUCAAAGGUUAUGUAAAGUUUAUGGAAGAGAAUAAUGUUCAACCUGCAUUCUUGUCACAACUCAAGGCAUACAUGACCAAGAACAAUUUAUAA